AUGGCACUGAAGAACUUCAACCCCGAUACAUUUCUGGACGAAUGGUCAGAAGAAAAGUACUCGCCAUUACACACCGAAAAAUCUCUCGCAAGAUGCCUGGGAGAAGCUUUCGACAUCCCGCCUACAGACAGCUAUGUUUAUCGGGCGCAUGCACAGACAACGCUGCACGCCACGCAGCGAGCCAUUGACGCAAAGAGAGAACAUGGACUACACGGAUGGUAUCAAGAUGAGGAGGGCCAGCCUACCUAUCCCACCCCCGACGAAAUAACCGCCUACACCUCUCUCUUCUCCCCAACCACCUCCCUCCCCAAAUCCCUCAAUUCCUACCUCAAAAGCUCAAAAGCAAAUUCCCUCCGCCAAAAAAUAGCCACCCACCUAACCUCCCGCUACCUCAACACCACACCCCCAGCCUCCAGCCUCCUCCCCAGCAAAAAAGAUCGCGAGCACAAAAACCCCUAUCUAGACCUCUGGACCUACUCGUGCAACGAACUCGAAUGGGCCGGUCCCGUCCCCGAAACAACGGGCACGAAAAUAAGCCAUCACAUUCUGCCCCUCUUCUACCACCACUUCGGCUGCGUCGUCCCUUCCUACGCGGCUCUGCACGUGCUUGCAAAACUAGCGCAGCCUGCGCGCCCAAGUAAAGAAGAUGUGCGUCCAAUCCUCGACAUGGGGUCUGGAAACGGGUACUGGACGUAUAUGCUUCGGCAUUUUCCCGUGGCGCAUAUCGGGGCGACCAAGGCGUUGGAUGUGCGGGCUGUGGAUAGCCAGGUGAGUGAGUACAGGGUCAUGUGGAUCAAAGAUACGAUUAAGAUGGAUGGGAGACAGUAUUUGAUGCGGAAUGGCGGGGGCAAAGGGUGUGUGCUGUUGCUUGUGUAUCCGCAGGCGACGGGGGAUUUUACGGGGCCGAUGAUGAAGGCGUUUGAAGGAGAUACGAUUGUGGUUGCGGGGACGCAGAAUGGGAAUGGGUUUACGGGGUUUAGGGAUGUGGUAGUGGAUGAGUGGGUGGAGAAGAACUUGAGUCAGUUUGAGCUCGUGUUGAGGAUGCCGCUGCCGAGUUUUGCGGGCAAGGACGAGGCGCUAUUUGUGUUUCAGAGGAAGAAGUCGGGUUGA